AGCAGCCGACAACCGGCGCGUCCAUGCAUACGUAUUGUCAGCAUCGCUAAGGCACCAGACCUACCAAAGGCAAGCACACCGGCCAGCUGGGCUAGGCAGUUCUUAGGUUGGUAGGCAUAUUUAAUUCGCAUCCUCUCAAAUCUUUCGUCCCUACAUUCAGUUGGUGGGGCACGAAACCAGCCUCUAUUACUCCUCACCCAGCACUGUAGUCGACUUCAGACGUUACCAAGUAAGUACUAGUAGUAUUAAAUGUACGUACGCGUUUUGUUUGCUAAGUUGCCGAAUUUCUGUAUCUCAUUCCCCUCCCUGCCCGUUAAGAAAAAGACCGGCGGUCCAGUUCGAGUCCAAUUGUGGGGAAUAGAAAUCGUGACGUGCUCGUCUAGUUCGGCACAGGUUUGCCGCUCCUGCUGCCUUUGAAGACGUAAAGGCUUGUUUCCGAAUUUUUGCCCGCUUCGGAUUGGUUGCCACCGAGUGCGCCUUCCGCAUCAAUGAGCUCUCGGGGCAGGGAAGGCGGAGGGGGGGUAUCCAAAGUCGCCGCCGAGCUCGACCUAGACCAAGACUCAGACCUUCCACUUGACCCAGAGCGCCUUUCUCUGCUCCUGGGAUCUGGAUCUACUAGUAGCGAACCUUCCCAGCAGCGUCACGGGCGUGUCCUAACGGCUCACCUUGAACGACAAACCUUCAAACCCAGCAUAUCCACCACUGCUUCCGCCGUUAUGGGUACAGAAGACGCCAUUGACGGCCCCCGUCCCCGCCAGCGCAGCCGCCAUAGUGCGAAGAAUGUGUCGUGGAGAGACCUCCCAAGAAAGAGCCAGCUCGUCGUUAUUACCCUGGCAAGGCUGAGUGAACCACUCGUCCAGACGUCUCUCCAGUCGUACAUGUUCUACCAACUCAAAUGGUUUAAUCCGAGCAUCUCCGAUUCUGUCAUUGCCAGUCAGGCUGGUGUCUUGCAUGCCAGCUUCACCGCUGCUCAAUUUAUGACUGCCAUGGUAUGGGGACGCGUUGCGGAUUCAGAACACUUUGGUCGCAAGACCGUCUUGCUGAUUGGUCUUGGAGGCACGAUGCUCUCAUGUAUUGGCUUUGGCUUUUCUACCACCUUCUGGCAGGCCCUGGUCUUCAGAUCCCUGGGCGGCAUUACGAACGGUAAUGUUGGCGUGCUCCGAACAAUGAUUAGCGAGAUUGUCAGAGAGAAAAGAUUCCAGUCCAGAGCUUUCCUGCUGCUUCCCAUGACAUUCAAUAUCGGCAUCAUCCUCGGUCCCUUGCUCGGAGGUAUCCUCUCAGACCCAGCCGGAACAUACCCCGGCUUGUUUGGCCAUGUAAAGUUUUUCGAGCGGUUUCCCUAUGCUGCCCCAAACUUAGUCUCGGCAUUUUUCCUCCUCUGUGCCAUGCUUGGUGUCUGGCUAAACUUGGAAGAGACGCUGGACUUACGCUCAGGGAAGAGUGACAGAGGCCUUGAGCUUGGACGCAAGCUGAGGCUCUGCUUCUCAAGCAGCCAUUUCGGAGUGGCCUACAAGCCCUUGGGUUCUCAAGACCCUAGCGCCAUCAUCGAAGCGUCUGCGUCGGAAGACAUUCUACCCGAGCCGUUGGUACCUGGCAACAUUGUCAAAUCAAGACAGCCUCGUCGCCGAUAUAGCCAAAGACUUGCUUUUCGGCGAAUCUUUACCCGCAAUGUUAUCUUGACAUUCAUAGCGAGUUUCAUCGUUUCAUUCCAUUUGGGGAGCUUCAAUUCCCUUUGGUUUGUCUUUUUGUCGACCCCCGUCUACGACCCGGACAAACCCCUAUCGUCACUCAAUACCCUCCCCCGAUCUUUACCAUUCGUCUUUACGGGUGGCUUAGGCCUCCAGCCGCGAGAAGUUGGCAUGGCCAUGGCUGUCCUGGGGUUUGUUGGUAUCUGCCUGCAGCUGGGAGUGUACCCAUGGCUCUCGGCGAGGAUGGGCACAGUCCGGAGCUGGCGCCUGUUUCUGCUGUUCUUUCCUCUUACCUACUUCCUAUUGCCCUACUUAAGUCUUGUGCCGAGUUCGGCAGCCAGUCCACCACCAAACCCCAAGAACGGCAUUGCUGUGUGGUUGGCCCUCACUGGAGUAGUCACUAUCCAGGUUAUAGGCCGGACAUUUGCGCUUCCUGCCCAGACUAUCCUGGUGAACAAUUGCACACCUCACCCCAGCGUCCUAGGAACCGUACACGGCAUCGGCCAGAGCGUCAGUAGCUUUGCCAGGACAUUGGGGCCCGUCCUGUGCGGCUUCCUCUACGGUUUGAGUUUGGAAAGGGGUAUAAUCGGUGCAGUGUGGUGGGGGCUUAGCGGAGUUGCAAUAUGUGGCGUCCUUGCUAGCUUGUUUGUUUGGGAGGGCGACGGCCAUGAGAUAUGUCUCGAAGGUGACGAAGAGGACGACUGGUAGUUGGAAAAUACACGGUCAUUGAAUAUUGGCCGAUUUCUAGCUGCUAUGCUAGCCAACUGCCCUGAUUAUAGCCCACUUCGAGGGGCCCAUGAAAUAGAAUAUAAACAGCAGCAGUAUCGACCAUCCACUUGCCGCAAAAUAAAGAUUCUGCCAAUCUAGGCUCCAAACCAGCCACCCGCUCUCCAACAGGCCGUUGCGCUGGCCUGGUUUGUGAAUGUUGUAUACUGGGUUUGGCUGUGACAGUACGAUUAGCUGAAGUCCA